CUUUUUAAAACGUGGCCUGUCGUGUGAUCAGUACGGAAACUAGUGAAAGCGUUCAUCUUCCACUAAAGAAUGACCCAGGACCAGCUGCUCGCGGGUUUGAAGAAGGAUGUCCGGUCACUUCUAGUCUCUUCCAAGCAUGGUUUGACCCCUGAGCACCUCAGAAGAGACUACCAGAGCAUGCUGGGCUUUCCUAUGCCCCUCAGGCUGCUGGGCUUCAGGAGUGUUUUGGAUAUGGUCAAGGAAAUGCCAGAUGUUGUGCGCUUGGAUUACCAACUUGAUGGAAACAUCAUUUUGAAAGCCAUUGGAGAUGACACUACCAAAGGCAUUGAAGAGCUGGUGUCAAAGCAACGUGACCACAAACCUAAACCCAAUAAUCGUAAGGGAAAACCAGGGAACUUCCACAUCUCGUAUCCUCGCCUUCAGCCUUUGAUUCUCCCUCGCCGUGGCCAAGCUAAGCCCGCUCUUCCUGCUCACCUUCGCAGCCAACUUAAACAGUUAUUAUCUCAUGGGCCAGUCAGGUUAUCAGAGCUGGAGUCCAGGUAUGUGGCGCAGUUCGGAAAGCCACUCAAGGUCACGCAGUACGGCUUCUUCUCCAUUUCCGAAAUGCUGUCGGCUGCGAUGGAUUUCAUAAUCAUGCAACAAAGUCGCACUGGCACGCAACUGCUUUUGAGAAGUGCCAUGACGCCACAAAAUCAGACUGAAAAUCUGAUGAGGAGUUUUUCUAAGCAACUAACGUCUCCAAGACAGAGGCUGGCAGGAUUCAGUCCUAAAGCAAGCUCACCGCCAGAGAGGAGACCUGAAGUAUCGCUUGUCCCCCCUUCUGUUCCUAAACCAGAGCCUGUGAAGGAGGAGCAGUCGUUUGAAGAAACCGUUUUUAAGCUUGAGGAGGAGCUCAGACAGCAGAUUCUGGAGAAGGGCACGGCUGGCACCGUCAGCCAAGAGCUGAAAGAAAAGCUGCGGAUGGUUGUUGCUGAAAAUGACAACGGGAUCUCCAUUCACAAUCUCCCCACAGAAUACCAGCGAAUGCAUGGAGAGGAAUUGCCGGUGAGCCAGUGUGGUUUUCUGAGCGUGACUGAGAUGGUCGGGGCUUUGAGCGACACAUUGUCCAUCCAAAGAGGCACCGAUGAGAGUGAAAGCCACUGGAUGGUUGUGGAGUUCAAACCGAUUGACACACAGCCCUGUGAACCUGAAUUAUCUCCGGGUCACGGCACCACUACCAGUCCAGCAGGCGAAUUGCAGAAUCCCACCAGCAGAGCCUUUUACUUCAGCUGUCCCGAGUCUGCCUGGGAGCAUGAAAAGACAGAGCCGUUGACAGACUCUCAAGAGUCCCAUGCUGAGCUCAGAGUCGCCAAUAAAACCAUCCAUCAGAUGGUGAAUCUUUUCCCAGAGCUGAUGGUCAGCCGUGUCUCAGCGGUUCCUCUAGACGCAGUUCGCUGUCAGAAACUGAAGCCCCCCAUUCACAGGAAGGAGAGAGAACUGCUUCCUGUCCUGGUGGAGCAAACUGAGUCUCCCAGCUAUUUUUACAUCCGCUUCAGCCAGAACAAAGAGGCCAGAGCCCUGGAGAACAUGAUGAUUGAAAUGAGGAGCUGUUAUUCCUACCCGGAUGUGGCGGAGAGAUACCGGCUGCCAGACGCUUAUGUGCGACCCGGUCAGGUGUGCUGUGUAGCACCCAGAGACAUGUGGUUCUAUCGAGUUGUGAUUCACGAAGUGUUCAGCAAGACUGAAGUGAAGGUGUAUUACGUAGACUAUGGAGACAUCACAAAAGUUGAACGACACAGCCUCAGGUUUCUCAAAGCAUGCUAUGCUGAUCUUCCGUCUCAGGCUGUGCCAGCGAUGUUAGCUGGAGUUCGGCCAAUCACAAGUAUUUGGCCAGCGAGUGCAGUCAGCUGUUUCCAGAGGCUGUGUUGUGAGCGCACUCUAGUGGCUGGAGUCCACAGCUAUCAGGAGGACUUUCUGCUGCUCUUUCUGUGCGACACCAACACAGAGGAGGACAUUUACGUGCACCUCACUCUCAUACAAGAGGGUCACGCUCUGCCCUGCUCUACCGCUUACGGACUGGUGUCAGAGAAGUUCAAUCCAGUGACUUCUUAUUUUGGAUAUGAUCAGCUGGAGGAUGUGAAGGAGAGUCUGUCGCCCUUCUCGUGUUCUCCAGACGCAGAGAUCGACUCUCAGGGAAAUGACUGUCCAAGCUCUUGUCAGACGGCUUCUAACUCUGAAGGUGGAGAAACAAACUUCACCUCCAUUGAUGUGGAUCCAAACCUGGACCUUCCUCCCCUUGAAGUUAUAAAUGUUCCUGACGUCAACACUGUGGCUAAAAGUGAGAAUGUAAAUCCAUUUGUAGCCCUGGUAAGAAAAGACCCAUUAUUCAACAAUGAAUGGGAUCAGGGAUGGACAGCAGAGAACAAAAUCGAUGAGACGAAGUUUGAACCUGACGCCAAUCCAGAAGAAUCAAAACCUGAGACUGUGUCUGCUCCUUCACCUGUUCAAGCAGCAGUGGGUGAACAACAGGUGUGUGCAUCUUCAGGUGAACCAAAGGUCAUCUCAACCACAUGCACCAGUCCAUACACCCCAGUCCCAAUCCAGAUCAACUGCAGCUAUCCAGUUUUCCUAGUGCUUCCAGGUGUACCCGUUUAUCCAGUUCAGCCUCCCAUUUCCCAGUUCAUGAUGCAGCUGUUAGGCAAUCCAGUUUAUCAGGGCCCAGGUCCAAACUCUGCGUUCCAGUACCACACAUCUCCAUUAGCUCUGAGACCAGCAGCACGCAUGUCUGCCGGAGGACAGAUUCUCAACUGGAGCUAAAAGCCUGACCAGCCAGGAGCCAGCGGUGCGUGUUUUGUACUUUCAUCACGUUCAGUAACUUUUCUUUAAUUUCAUUGGCUGCAACAAAGCUGAAAUGUAUAAAAUGGUAUUCUAACCACAGCGGAGGGCACACAAGGACAUUAUUUAGAUGCCCAGGGCUAAAGUUUUGUGUGUUAUUAUGUUUGCACUACAGACCAACUGUUUGUAUUUUAUUUGUUAUUAAGUUACUUGUUCAGUGUUCAAGUCAAAUGUUUUCUUUUAUCAAGAACGUUUUAUAAAGAAGAGAA